AUGGGAAACUGCUGCUACUCAGUGGCCACGGAGUCCUGUGCAGUGACUCAGACCUCAAACACUGACACAGAGGAGGACUAUAUCUGCCCCAUCUGCCAGGACAUUUACAGACUGCCCGUCCGCAUCACGAGGUGCAGACAUGUGUUCUGCAAAACAUGCUUAGAGACUGCAGUGCAAAGUCUGGGGCCUUGUUGCCCCAUGUGCCGGACCUUUGUGUCCAAGAGACCUGAGAGGGCCAUCGACGUCCAGGAGAGGAUGAGAGAGAAGAAAGGCAAAUGCAGAGCCUGUGGGAAAGAAACACUUCUUGGCAAGAUAAGGCUCCAUUAUGAAAGCUGCAAGAAAUACAAAAAGGAAUAUGGACUUAUCAUUGACCCUGCACCUCCAACCCCUGACCAAACCCAAGACAACACUGGAUUUAUGCCCAAUGUCCAAAGUCCCACAUCCAGGAUCAGGGCACUGCUCGGAGCAGAGGUCCACCAGCCUCGUGCAGAGCUGCAAAGACAGAGAGCCGGGAGAGCGUACUUGUGUCCAUUCUGCCCCCUGGAGGAACUGAGGGACACUUCACUGGUUCAGCACUGCAUAAUCCAACAUGCAGAAGAAGUCACCCCAGCUGUAAGACCCACAGCACGGAACGCAUUUACACAGAGAUCCUUCACCAGACACACAUCUCCAGACGAAGAGGCACAGGCAUGA